AGUUAUGCCUCGACGAGCUUCAUGAACAACAUUCCCCGCCGGCCAGAUACGAUACCCCAUAUAUAUAUAUAUAUAAGACCAAGCAGCUACGGAAAUUAACUGCUACUCGCAUGGCUGUCUAGGUGACUUAAGCUUCGAUGCUGCCAUUUUAGAUCGUCGCCUCCGUUCAUUUGCCCUCCCUCUGCGAACAGUGAAACGCGUGCUCGACUCAACCUCCACGCUCUCAGGACCGGACUUCAAGAAUGGUCGCAUCAGACGAUUCUGACUCUGACUAUGAAUAUGAAUAUGAUUAUAACGCGAAAGAGACUUUCUACUUAAACCUCGACCUGACGACAUGCAAUGGCCCCAUUCGAGCCCCGCGGAAGCGCACUACAUCUACUCCCACCGAACCCACCACAUCAUUAGACUCCCCUCAUGCCGCAGCCCAAAAUGGCGGUGACGAUCAGCAGCAAGACAACGGCCCUGCCGACUCUGAUCCAGACAUCCAAGACCACGACCAACACCAACACCAAGACCAGGUUCAAAUCAUGGAUCUACAUUCCAAGAACCCAAUCAUCUCUUACCGGAACCAGAUCUUCUCCUGUUCAUGGGUCGACCUGGUCGGGACGGAGAUGACCUUCUCAAUGCCCGAGGAACGUUCCACGCUUCCCCGCCUCCGACAACAUCCAGACUACGACCUCAUCUCCGCCAAUCGCGUUAAGAUCCUAGGCCAAAAAGCGAACUUAAUCCCCAGCUCCUCUGAGAUACCGAAGACCAGUGAUAUUGAUACCCCCACGCCUGGGAAGAUGGCAACUGCCGGAACAACACGAACAACAACAGCAGCCCCGCGCGCCCCAUCCACAAACCAAGCCCUCUUCCUCGAACGCCUCAUGAACGCCAAAUGCGCCAAAGGCGAGUCAGACGUUGUGCGCACCACAUUCUCCCAAAAGCGGAACCAGAACUUCGAGGCCAAGCUGCGCGGCUGGGCGCGCACGGGCGAGCAGAUUGCGGAGCUGGAGCUGCUUAAUCGACGCGUGUUGCAAGGUGAUGUGAACGCGUUGAGGGAGCUGGAGGAUAUUUAUGCGCGUGCGGAGGGCCCAGUGGGAGCGGUGCCGACGCAGGAGCAGGAGCAGGAGCAGGAGCAGAUGCGGGAGUCAGAUAUCUCGACGACAAGGCCGUCGGGGCCCCGUGGGGAUGGAGGUUGAUGUUGAUGCGCCGCAGCAACCAGAAGACAGGCAAUCUCCUUCAAAUGCCGGCGGUGGAUCGGGCGGAUGAGCGAUCCGAUGUCCAAUGACGGAGUUCGCGGAAGGAGAUUCUCCGUACUCUGUACAUUGCACGAAAAGAGACGAUGGAAUAGGCGAGUAUCCUCCGUCGACUGGCCGGGGAGCUUGGCUAUUGUGAAACGUUGCUGAAAUGCACCGCCACCCUGCCACUGGGCUGGGUGCCCCUGUCGCGACUGUUCACGUUGUAGCGCCAGGCCGGGUGAUCCAUGCUAUGGACCAAACGUACUCGCAAAAUGUAAUAAUACCUCCGUCUACGGAAAUUUAACUGUUCAUCCCAUGGCAAUCUGACAGUGCAUGUGCAGACAAGUACCCGACAUGCGUGCGGAAGGUGAUUUACAAGGCCAGGCCUGUCCAUCCGCUGUUGCCUAUCGUGCCGAUGCCAAGGAUUUAGGGCAACAAAGGGCAUGACAUAGGGAGAAAAAAAACCAGGCUCGAACUACCAGAUAACUAAACUAGUCCACAACGACAUUGUCGAAAAAGGAGAAAAGAAAAUACACUUUGAGGGACUGUUUUCGCGCCUAUUUAAGUAGGAGAGGGUUUUGGAUUAAAUGGUGGUAACUAUAUAAUGUAUGAAGUUAACAGGACAUGCUAUCCCUUGAGGAGAAAGGUAGAUAUAUGGCAGAAUGCGGGUAGUAGAGUGCGUGAGAGUGAUAAGCACACCCCUGACCCUUGCCAACACCCACACCAUAGUAGAAUAGAAGAGCUGCACUGUAGGAAAAGAAAAUGGGGGAAAAAGAGAGAAAAACCUAGGGAUAAAAAAAAUAAUAAAAGUAAAAAAAUUCAGGGGAAAAGAGAGAGAGAGAAAAUUAUCAAAUCUUCAAAAGCAAAUACGCCCAGUGAUAUCCUCCCGAGUCCUGUCUAUAUAUAUAUUUUACCUGUCUAUACGUUGCAUGUGAACGAAUCCCGCAAAGAGAAAAAAAAAAAAAAA